AUGGCGCCCUAUAAAGUUCCGAAAAAAGCGCUCAAGUCCCCGGAACCUGCAGGGGGUCUGAGCCCGAAAAAGAAGAAGAACAGCAAGAAGACGCCAAGAAAGAAGUACAACAACUUCAAAAUAUACAUCUUCCAAGUAUUAAAAAAGUGUACAGAUAUCUACGUCGGAAUCUCAAGAAAAAUCAUGAACGAUUUGGUCAACGAUAUGUUAGAACAAAUCGCUUGUGAAGCUGGAAGACUAAUAAGCACACUGAAAGAAGAUUACUUUGACCCAGAACGAAAUAAGAACUGCCACAAAACUACUCAUUCCUGGUGA